AUGUUCAAUCGGUUUGCGCGUGUUCAUUUAUUUUUCCUUCAAAUUUGUAUUAACUAUAUCAUCUGUUAUAAAUCUGAUAUAUCAACGGAAGAUUGUCUAUUACAACGUGUGAAUCCAGACAAUCUAAAUUACUUGUCUCUAAAAGUAGCUAACAAGGAUACUGAUCAUCCUACAUACAACUUGGAAGUAGAAAGCCAAGCAGAAAGAGCUGGUGCUCCCUAUGGUGCACGUUUCUUGACUGUCCAGAACGGAAACUGUUCCGCGCAAUGCACUCAUCAGAUAGUUGCAUUUCGACCAAGAAGUCGUGAUGUGCGAACACAUCGAACCAUUCUCUAUGCAUUAGAUUUCCAAGGAACCAUGAUUGCUCCGAACUAUCAGGAUGUCAAGAUGGAUUCGCCCAUCAGGUGUGCUCGGCAAUUUGGUUAUUGUGGAGCUACAAUAGGCUUAUAUCGUCAUUUCCGAUAUACUCCUGGAGGCUUGCUGAAUGCCUACUCGUUCUCCUCACAAGUUAAUAUACGCGGCUUUACAAGAGAGUAUUAUCCAAUGUGCUAUUUGUGGACAUUGCCGGAUGACUUAAAGAUCAUUGGGAACGUGAACAUGCCUGGUCGAAGUCCAAGGGCAACAACAUCUAUGUGCAUGUCUAAUGAGUCCAUGCCAAUAAAGGAACUUCAACUGCUUCGUGUUUAUGAUAAUAAUGCUCCAGGAACUCAAAGAGAUCAUUACUAUACUAUUACAACUAAUGAGACCAAUUCGGAUCUUGUCGGCUAUACAGAGCAGCAGCCACUUGGGCGUGUUGCUCCAUCCCCUUCAUCAUCUUGCGAUUGUUUAACGAAAAUUGUUCAAAUGGUCGAUAAACAGGAAGGAAUUUUUCGAAGGCUUGAUCACAAGAUUGUCGUUGAUGGCGCAGAACCUAAUCGACCAUAUGAACAAUAUACAGAGACGGGUGAAGUCUUCUAUUGUGCCACCGAGAUGGCGUGCGGAGCUACAUUACCAUUAUGGAAGUCAUUUCACUACUUUGAUGUUGAUUCGGUAAUCACUACAAACUCUGAUCCAAUUCCAUACGCAUAUCUAUAUCCGCAGCUACCAUUAUGCUAUAUAUGGCCACUGGGUGAUGAACUAUCAACAACUACGAAUCCUACACUAAUUGCGCCUGCCGAUACUACUCCGCUUUCUUCCACAGCUUCAACUUCAGGCGCGAUAGAUCAAACUACAGUCAUGGCCUCACCGGAAGCUACGACUAUCACACCUCCUACAAUACUUACCACCAUGCCUAUGAUCAGUACAAGUAUUCCUAAUAUGGAGAGUACGACUAAUACUCCCGACUCAUCAGACUCUUCAGUAACAACAGUAGUUCCAACAGCAUUCACUACAUCAGAAACAAUUAGCUUUACAAUAGACAGUUCAUUGCCAACAACUUCAUUACCUGAUUUGGGGGUAGUGACAACAAUGCCUCAAAAUAUUAUCUCUUCUUCAACGAUGUUGCCGACUGUAGGAGGUAUGGAUGGCGUUUCAACUGUUAUCCCAUCAGUGGGAGGCGUGGAAACUUCAACUGUCAAUCCAGUAGUUAAUGGGCUCGAUGGUCUCACAACACCUGUACCAGCGAUAACUGUUGAUGGUGUCACAACAACUGUACCAGGGAUAAUUGUUGAUGGUCUCACAACACCUGUACCAGGGAUAAUUGUUGAUGGUCUCACAACUGUAGUUCCAACCUCUGGUGGAAUGGUUGACACUACUGUUUUACCUACAGUUGGAGGGCUCGACGGUCUCACCACCAUGACAUCUGUUGGAGGUAUGGAUGGUAUCUCAACUACGUUGCCAGUAAUAGUCGUAGAUGGAGAGCUUUCAACUAUUCUUCCUCCUAUCGGGGGAACUGAGGCACCAUCAACGGAUAUGCCUUUAACAGUAACUCCUGGAAUAUUCUCACCUACUGCGAUUCCCGCUCUGUUAACUACACCUAGUGUUACAGGAGUACCGCUAACCACUGGCAUGAUAAACUCUGAUGAUCCUAUGCAAAUAGCCAACUUGAACAAAAUGUUACCCGAAAUGAGCAACUACCUUAUUAAUCUUUUCUUUGGCUAUGAAAAUAUGGGACAAACUACUCCCAGUGUACCGAACCAACCUUUAGCCCAGCCAACACAGGGUGUACUUAGCAGUGCAGGAAGCACGGUAAUGAACACAGUAGAAUCAACAACAUCGGUUAUGAAUACUGAAGCAACUCAAUUUGCUUCAACAGUUAGUCAAACAUUAGAAUCUACGACUCAGUCUACAGUAUUUGCAACAUCGACAUCAGGAAACGGACUUUCCACAAUAAUCCCAACCGAUCGGAAAGCGAUGAGUGUGUCAAGCACAUCUGACGAAUUCUCUUCAACGGUUCCAGCAUCUUUAACAUCGGAAUCAAUAAAACCAAAUGAAACGCUCCCAACACCGGAUCCAAACCUACAACUCGAUCCUAUUUCUCUAUUGAAUAAGAAUGGUACAGAAGGUGGGGAACCCACAUCAGUAACGUUGCCGUCAAUAGGCAGUAAGUCAUCUGAUGGUACAACAGAGGCAUCUGAGGAGCUUGUGAAUACAACAGAUGAGCCUCUGAAAGAUCCUAACAUAACGAAUUCAGCAGACAUAUUUUCAUAUAGUAUUCCAAAAGUAUUGUAA